CCAGGUCAGGCGAGCAGCGACAUGGGCCUGCCUCUGCUGACCGCCGCCUCGCUGCUGCUGCUGCCCCUCGCCGCCCCCGGCGCGCCGCCCCCGCCGCCCCCGGAGGUGAACAGCUCGCAAACAGAACAUUUCGUCAUGGCCAAAAUACUCGGAGGUGUUGACGCCAAAAACAAGGAGUUUCCCUACCUGCUGUCGCUGGAAGUGUGGGGGCACCACCUGUGCGGGGCGACUGCCGUGAGCGCCUGGUGGGCCGUCACCGCCGCGCACUGCGUCGCCGAGGUGGAGUCGGAAGACGUGCUGGGACUGCGGGCGGGGUCGGUGCGGCGCGAGGUCGGAGGUCACGUGCACUGCGUGGUGAGGGUGCUGAGGCACCCGCGCUACGGCGACUACUGGUACGACCACGACAUAGCGCUGCUGCAGGUGUCCAGGCAGUUCUCCCCUCGCCUCGUGAGCUUCCUGCGAGUGUCGGAGCAGCAGGACUGGCCGCCGGGCACCGCAGCCACUGUGGUCGGCUGGGGCGUCACCCGCCUGCUGCUGCGUGCGCAGGACAGCGCAGACAUCUCGUUCAGCGACCGCCUGCGGAAGGUGGAGGUGCGAGUGAUCGGCAACGAGGUGUGCCGCAAGAAGCCGGUGUUCUUCACCAUCUACCCGGUCACCAGCCGCAUGCUGUGCGCCAUCUCGCCCGGCAAGGACUCCACCCAGGGCGACUCCGGGGGUCCGCUCGUGGUGCAGGGCGACAACGGGACCAGCCUCGUGGGGGUCGUGUCCUGGGGCGAGGGCCGGGGAGACCCGGACAGCCCCGGGGUGUACACGCGCGUCGCUGCCUUCGCCAAGUGGAUCCACGCCCACUCCAAGAGACGCCGCGUGUCGCGCGGAGCGGACGUGCUGCGCCUGAGCAGGUGCGGGGUCUCGGCGGGGCUGACGGGGGACCACGCCACCCACCAGGUGCGCGUCGUGCCCACCGCCCGUCGCAGGCAGCAGGGGCGUCGUCGCGCCAGGCGCCGCCCUGGGACCCCGGGGUCUCGGCGGGGCUGACGGGGGACCACGCCACCCACCAGGUGCGCGUCGUGCCCACCGCCCGUCGCAGGCAGCAGGGGCGUCGUCGCGCCAGGCGCCGCCCUGGGACCCCGGGGUCUCAGCGGGGCUGACGGGGGACCACGCCACCCACCAGGUGCGCGUCGUGCCCACCGCCCGUCGCAGACAGCAGGGGCGUCGUCGCGCCAGGCGCCGCCCUGGGACCCCGGGGUCUCGGCGGGGCUGACGUGGGACCACGCCACCCACCAGGUGCGCGUCGUGCCCACCGCCCGUCGCAGGCAGCAGGGGCGUCGUCGCGCCAGGCGCCGCCCUGGGACCCCGGGGUCUCGGCGGGGCUGACGGGGGACCACGCCACCCACCAGGUGCGCGUCGUGCCCACCGCCCGUCGCAGACAGCAGGGGCGUCGUCGCGCCAGGCGCCGCCCUGGGACCCCGGGGUCUCGGCGGGGCUGACGGGGGACCACGCCACCCACCAGGUGCGCGUCGUGCCCACCGCCCGUCGCAGGCAGCAGGGGCGUCGUCGCGCCAGGCGCCGCCCUGGGACCCCGGGGUCUCGGCGGGGCUGACGGGGGACCACGCCACCCACCAGGUGCGCGUCGUGCCCACCGCCCGUCGCAGGCAGCAGGGGCGUCGUCGCGCCAGGCGCCGCCCUGGGACCCCGGGGUCUCGGCGGGGCUGACGGGGGACCACGCCACCCACCAGGUGCGCGUCGUGCCCACCGCCCGUCGCAGGCAGCAGGGGCGUCGUCGCGCCAGGCGCCGCCCUGGGACCCCGGGGUCUCGGCGGGGCUGACGGGGGACCACGCCACCCACCAGGUGCGCGUCGUGCCCACCGCCCGUCGCAGACAGCAGGGGCGUCGUCGCGCCAGGCGCCGCCCUGGGACCCCGGGGUCUCGGCGGGGCUGACGGGGGACCACGCCACCCACCAGGUGCGCGUCGUGCCCACCGCCCGUCGCAGGCAGCAGGGGCGUCGUCGCGCCAGGCGCCGCCCUGGGACCCCGGGGUCUCGGCGGGGCUGACGGGGGACCACGCCACCCACCAGGUGCGCGUCGUGCCCACCGCCCGUCGCAGGCAGCAGGGGCGUCGUCGCGCCAGGCGCCGCCCUGGGACCCCGGGGUCUCGGCGGGGCUGACGGGGGACCACGCCACCCACCAGGUGCGCGUCGUGCCCACCGCCCGUCGCAGGCAGCAGGGGCGUCGUCGCGCCAGGCGCCGCCCUGGGACCCCGGGGUCUCGGCGGGGCUGACGGGGGACCACGCCACCCACCAGGUGCGCGUCGUGCCCACCGCCCGUCGCAGGCAGCAGGGGCGUCGUCGCGCCAGGCGCCGCCCUGGGACCCCGGGGUCUCAGCGGGGCUGACGGGGGAUGACGCCACCCACCAGGUGCGCGUCGUGCCCACCGCCCGUCGCAGACAGCAGGGGCGUCGUCGUGCCAGGCGCCGCCCUGGGACCCCGGGGUCUCGGCGGGGCUGACGUGGGACCACGCCACCCACCAGGUGCGCGUCGUGCCCACCGCCCGUCGCAGGCAGCAGGGGCGUCGUCGCGCCAGGCGCCGCCCUGGGACCCCGGGGUCUCGGCGGGGCUGACGGGGGACCACGCCACCCACCAGGUGCGCGUCGUGCCCACCGCCCGUCGCAGGCAGCAGGGGCGUCGUCGCGCCAGGCGCCGCCCUGGGACCCCGGGGUCUCGGCGGGGCUGACGGGGGACCACGCCACCCACCAGGUGCGCGUCGUGCCCACCGCGCGUCGCAGGCAGCAGGGGCGUCGUCGCGCCAGGCGCCGCCCUGGGACCCCGGGGUCUCGGCGGGGCUGACGGGGGACCACGCCACCCACCAGGUGCGCGUCGUGCCCACCGCGCGUCGCAGGCAGCAGGGGCGUCGUCGCGCCAGGCGCCGCCCUGGGACCCCGGGGUCUCGGCGGGGCUGACGGGGGACCACGCCACCCACCAGGUGCGCGUCGUGCCCACCGCGCGUCGCAGGCAGCAGGGGGGUCGUCGCGCCAGGCGCCGCCCUGGGACCCCGGGGUCUCGGCGGGGCUGACGGGGGACCACGCCACCCACCAGGUGCGUUUCGUGCCCACCGCCCGUCGCAGGCAGCAGGGGCGUCGUCGCGCCAGGCGCCGCCCUGGGACCCCGGGGUCUCGGCGGGGCUGACGGGGGACCACGCCACCCACCAGGUGCGCGUCGUGCCCACCGCGCGUCGCAGGCAGCAGGGGGGUCGUCGCGCCAGGCGCCGCCCUGGGACCCCGGGGCUGCAGCCACAGAGCCGAGAGCACAGCAAAGUCACCGAGCCUCGUCAGCCAAUAGGCGACCAAGAAGGCCUGCGUCAAGGGACUCCCUACACCGCUGCUCUGCUGUAAAACGGGCGCAGGAGCUGAGCGCACAAGCGCAAACGCAGUAUUUACUUACUUCCCGGUCCUGCCUCUCGGAGAUUCUGGUGUAGUCGUUUGCGUCCCUCCUGUGUCACACGCUGGAAUAUAAGCAUGUGUACCUUUAAAAACAGUUCUUUAAAAAAAAAUAAGUGUCAAUUUUUUUCUUCUCGGUUUUUUACAGUCUACCAUACAGUGUGUAGAAGUACCUAUGUCUAAAAUUAAUUUAUACGGUACCUGAAUAUUCAAGAACU